AUGCUGUUCUUUGUUAUAGUUUUGUCGGUUGUAAACCGAUGCUCUUCAGAAGAAGGCAUCGCACGGGUAGCGUGCACAAUGGCUAGCAGUGUUCAACGAACAGGAAGCAACAUGAGCUGCACCAUUGCAUCGUCUCUUAGGAACGCCGCUUGCGGUGCGCAGGGCAACUCGCUGUCGCUUUGUGACGGGCUGGUGGAGUAG